AUGUUGCAAGUACUGCUGCUGUUUUUUAUUCCACCGUGGCUUCUACUAGAUCUACCCUUUAAAGUGCAACAUAUUUAUUCCGAACUUUAUACUUUUAGUAAGUGCAAGGCAUACACUAGUUUAACUGGAAAAAGCCUGUUUUCGGUAAUAUGUUUUUAUGUUUUCUGCCAGUUGCUACUAUCUGGAUUUUUCGCCUUUAAUGUACGGAAAAUUCUUGAACAUUUUAGUGAGGCAAAGCGGACAGCUUUUUUCGCUGUACAUAUUUCUGUUGUCCUUGCUUUGUUUUCACCCAGUGGAGUAGUCUAUCGAUGGAUGGUAUGUAACGGUUGUGGACUGUGUCACAACUCUGUUGAGUGCGUAUGGUUUCCUUGGUUGCAUAUUUUUGCCCAAAAUGUACAUCCUACUAUUCAGACCGGAUCUAAACGCCUUGGCCAACAUUAGACAAGAAGUCACUCAGUUCUCGUUUGGUUCGAAUCGUGUUCGU